GUUAUUAUUUUGGCUACUACUGCUACUACUGUUACUGCUACUGCUGCUACUACUGCUGCUGAUGAUGAUGAUGUUGAAGCUGAUAGUGAUGACGAUGACGGCGAUGCUAGUAUCUGCACCAAAAAGAAAGAUGCUAUCUAUUCUGAAGCCCGCUACCGUAAGGUGAAGCCACUACAACAACCGAGUUGGAAGUGGACUCAUAUUGGGAAUAAAGCGGGUGUCAGUUAUCUUCAACGUUGUCGCCAGCUCCAACCUGUGCUAGGUGCAGCGAAAUUUCAGCGUGGUCGGUUGCGAGUUGGCCCACCCCAAACAUAA